AUGGCCUCAGCAGAGGCGGACGAGAGGCUUCUGCUUGUGAAGUCAGCCUGGUAUCGUGGAAAGGCUAAGAUUAACCUUCGGCAUCUAGUGGCUGAGGAUAGGAGAACCCGUGGAGUACGGACGGUUGAUCCCAAAAUCGUAAAAAAUCUCGUGAACAUUUUCCGGCUGGAGGGUUGCUUUCGACUGGAGCCAGAGCACCAUGUGCCGGUGCUAAUUUCUGAGCGGUUGCUUGAGGAUGUCCUAAGGGAAACGCAAAAACGGCGGGCCGACCUCAUGGGGUAUGGCGAACCGCCUCAUCUUCUUCUUGCUGAUGAUGUGAGGCUCAAGGUUCUGCAUGGUCAGCAUCGGUUACUCGCAGCGGAGCAAUAUCUCUGGGACAAGUGGUGGGUCGUUGAUAUAUACAGCGAUGGCAUGCCAGAGAACGCCGUUGCAGCUAUCCGGGAGGAACAUUCAAACAGCCGGCAGUUCUGCGAUGGAGAUAUCUAUCGCAACCUGCGUUUUCAUCAGGCUCAGGGUAAUCUGGAACAGGAAGGGAAAUGGAAGGCGAGGCUGACAGAGAGGAAGCGGAAGACGGUGGAACAGAUGCGAAGGAAGGAGCUAUCGCAUUAUCUUGAUGUCAUGUUCACAAGAUGGGAGUGUAUCUUCGCCCGUAUGGAAGGCGAAUACCCUCUCCUUGACCCCGGCACGGUCUUGGAGCUUGAAACCCUUACGCCUAAAUACUCGACACAUGAUCGAGCCAAAAUCGAACGUAUGAUGCAGGAGAGAAAGAUAUUCCCCGCUGUAACAUCAGAGCAGUGUCGCAGUGCCAUCCUCACUGGACUUCUUGGUGUGGACGGACGGAUUUUGUCAUUCUAUACCUUCUAUCAUGAUGCAAUCUACUUUGAAGCAUGCUCUAAAAUCAUGCGGGGUCUUCUCCCACCCAACUUCAAAGAUUCCAUUCGGGAUGCGUUUUUCUAUUGCUUCACUGGCGUGAACCAAACUCCACGAGAGUUCAAGGUACAAGUGAUGGAGGACGAAAUCUUGCGAUAUCAGGGGAACGUGAGAAGCCGGAAGCUCUUGGGAUACCAGCAACUUUUCCUCGCGGCAAUGCGCUCCUACCCGAUCUUGACAGAUCUUGCUCCACUUCGUGGGGGAAAACACGAAAAGCUGACCAUCGGGGAAUCGGCCACGGAGCAUUGGUACCGGAUGGCACGUCUGGCUUUUGACCUUGGAUUUGAAAACAUGCGGAUUCAAGAGAUCAUGGGGCCAGAGAGACGUAAUCCCGGAGUGGAGACAGUAGAGAAUCUUCUGAAGCAGUUCCGGCCCCCGCAGCUGUACGACUGGGAUGAUCACCUCUUCCGUACUCUUGCACAAUACAUGACGGACCAGAUUGAGCGAGCGACAACCCGUCGACUUCGACGGCAAGGCCCCAGCUUCACUACCGACCUUGACCCGCUACCGAAAGCAUUGCGCUGCAAUCGGGCAUCAGAUCAAUCAUACAUGAAGGACCGAGAGUACUACUUCGCCAACUUCAUUCGUGAUUUUGAUCCUAUUCCUCGUGCCCAUCUCACCUCUCUUUCCAUGCAGCGUGAUAUCUUUAUAUGCUUCCUUGGAGAUGUUUCCUUCCCUGGCAAUGCGCCGAGGGGUACAGAGAGCGACGGAACCCCCGGGGGGGCCAACGGGGAGGAUUACGACGCGGAUAUCAGCCAUCAUUCAGACGACAGAGGCGGCAGCCUAAGCGGUGAAAAAGCCAGUUCUCAGAGUGAAAGUGGACAGGAGGAUAGGUCCGGGCGCCAAAGCUAUGAACAGGAUGGUGCAGUCGCCAGUGAUCCGAGUGUGACGGGGGGGAGUGAUGACAUAAUGACGGGCGCACGUGAUCUGAUUGCCGAAGAAGCGCUCUUCGAUAAUGUGCCAGCUGCAGAUGGGUUUGAAUCUACGGGCGCCGACAUGAACAUGUUCCACCCUAUACCGGAGGGGAGAAUACCCUCGGAAUUGGUGACCUUCUUUCUGUCCCAAUCGUUGUUGGUGAUGUUGCCUGCUCUCUGGCUGACAAGGGCCACUGCUUUCUCAUAUUUGAAGACGAACGAGUUAUAG